AUGCCAUCUGCAAAGCAGGCUUCUCCUCAACCUGCUCAGGAAGAAGUCCAGCAGCCGACCUUAUGGCAGAAGAGUCUUAGUUGGAUUCCUGGUACUCGACAGUUCAGAACACGAGCCAAACUUCUCUCCGACUCACGCGUACCUCUCCUUUACUUCGUCUCCGGCCUGGUCCUCGUUGUCGUUCUGCUCAUUCAGUUUCUCACGUCAAGUGACGUCCAGCCGCGCCUUUGGGCUCCUGCUCCCUCUCCUGCGUCUUCACCUGCUCCUGCUCCUCCAUAUCCGAACCGAGAUCCUCUGAGUCCGUUUGGUGACAGUGUCUACCGUCAAGAGGCGUACUUUGACUUGUUGGAACCGGGCACUCAGUGCAGACCGAAGUCUCCUUUCACUUCAGAUCUCCCCGUUACACACGCAUUGACCAAUAUGGCGCUGGAGGCAGAGGCCAAGCGCCUGGUUGCACAAUUUGAGUACACGGCCGAGGAUGUGAACAAAGGUGUGAAAGAGUUCAUUAGGGAGAUGGAAGAGGGCCUGGAAAAGCAGGGGACCUCAAUCAGUCAAAUCCCAACUUACGUCACAUCUGUUCCCAAUGGCACUGAAAAGGGCGUCUAUCUGGCCGUGGACUUGGGCGGUACCAACUUCCGAGUCUGCUCAAUCACGCUACAUGGCAACCAGUCCUUCUCGUUGCAGCAAUCCAAAGUCGCCGUUCCGCGGGCUCUGAUGGAAGCAAAGACGGCCCAUGAAUUAUUCUCUUUCCUCGCCAAACAGAUCGAGUCCUUCCUGAAGACACACCACACGGACCACUUUGAGUCACACCGGAAGAAACCUGGCGAGGUCGACUUUUUUGAUCUAGGUUUCACUUUCAGCUUUCCUGUCAAUCAAGUGGGCAUCAACAAGGGUAAAUUGAUGCGGUGGACAAAAGGUUUCAACAUCGAUGAAGCUAUAGGACAAGACGUUUGUGACCUGCUGCAAAAAGAAAUCGACGCAUUGAAUCUCCCGGUGCGAGUGGCCGCUCUCGUGAACGACACCGUCGGCACUCUGAUGGCCAGGUCGUACACUUCUCCGGGCAAGACAAGUACAUUGAUCGGUGCUAUCUUCGGUACCGGGACCAAUGGCGCCUAUGUUGAGAAAUUGGACAGGGUCAAGAAGAUGAAGGCAAUAGACGAAGCAGAGGGCGGUGUUGCGAAUUAUGACUCGUCUACUGGGCUGAUGGUCAUCAACACCGAAUGGGGUAGUUUCGACAAUGCUUUGUCGGUCCUGCCUAAUACUCCAUACGACGUUGACCUGGAUCGCGAGUCGGUAAACCCCGGCAUUCAAAUGUUUGAGAAGCGCGUGUCAGGAAUGUUUCUCGGAGAAAUCCUGCGGCGAGCGCUGCUAAGUCUCUACCAGCAUCCUGAUGCGGGAGUGGCCUUGUUCAAAGAUGUGACCUCACACGACAAUGAUAUUAGGAGUACAACCACAGUGGCUGAGGACAGUCCCCUAUUUAAGAUAUGGGGUAUCGAUACCUCGUUCCUGUCCAUUGUUGAGGAAGACCAAUCGGACCAUCUGCGUAUCACCAAGCAGACACUCGAAAAGGAGUUGAAGGUAGAGGCUGCUUCAACCGAAGACUGUGUUGCGGUCAAGAUGCUCGUGCACGCGAUCGGGAAACGUGCGGCGAGACUAAGCGCCGUCGCCCUGGCUGGAGUCAUCAUUUCCACGAACAAGCUACAAGAAGACGAGAUAGUCGAUGUGGGUGUGGAUGGGAGCUUGGUGGAGUAUUAUCCAGGCUUCGAGGAGUACAUUCGCGAGGCAUUCAGGGAGAUUGAAGGUAUUGGAGAGGAUGAGAAGCGCAUCAGGAUCGGGCUUGCGAAGGAUGGCAGCGGCUUAGGCGCAGCACUGAUUGCGCUAGUGGCUCAUAAUGCCGACCAGCCCUUGUAG